AUGCCAAACUACCAACAACAGCCCAUGCUCCAAUCUCACAUCCCAGACAAUUACCUUCAUACGUCUUCCCUUUCAAAUGCACUGCCAUCACAAGGGCAAAAGCCAAGGUGGUUCACGCACCGUGGAGGAGCCAAUAAGCGUCAAAAUGGGCAAGACAACACCGUCGUUGAUUUGACUGCUUUGACCAAACCACAGAACAAUCUGACCGGAAAAGCAAAGCCUGCAAUGAUUAAAAAAUUGCUUAAAAAGAUGCAUUUAAAGACGCAACGACAGGAAGUGAAUGAGGCACCGACCCAAACGACUGCUAUGAGACGCUUUAGUACUGUGGAGCCGAUAGUCAUACGCAAAAAUGGGACAACUGACGAUGCCUAUGAUGUAAAAGUUGCAUUAUUGCGUAAUGAGCGGAUCGUAGAUCUUAUACGGCGUCGGUCAUCAGCCGCCUCGAUUGGCAGACGGGGCAGUAGUGCAACUGAUAUCGGUGGAUCACAGGCAACCUUGAGCGGCUUGGGAUCUACUACAGACGUUCUCUUUGGACCUACAUCAGAAGCCAAAAGGAAGAGGCGAUUGAUGUUAGAAGAAGCGAUUGGCGGAGCAAACAGUGUAGCGCGAAGGCAGUCCUUGCGAAGCAAUGGAAAUAAUUCAAAAUGUGGGACACCCAGAGCUCGUAGAAGGCAAUCAAAGAGUACCAGGACUCCUAACCGAGGCGUGGAUAUCAAUGUCAUCUACUCCCGUCUUCUGGGGCCGGGAUGGGAGUCCACAAUCAGUCAUACCCCCAAAAAGAGUGACGCCGCACCACCCGCCCCGCUGCCAUCCAUGCCCCCGCCAAUCGACCAUCCUUUGUACCGUGCAAGAGGUAGCACUCAACUAGAUCUCUUUGAGGUUGAACUCUUACUAUGGAAUCGUCGUCGUCGUGAACGUGCGGCCCGGCAGAAGGCGGAUUUAGCCAAAAGGCACCAUGGGAGGGCGAGGAGCGCGCCUCCGACCAACUCCACUAGCACUGGUUGGGUAACAUGGGUAUCUAGGUGGCUAUAUGGUUCAAUAGGGGAGAUGGCAGAAGAAAGCGAUCAGGAAGAAGAGCAAGUUGAAUCGGAUGAAGAUGCCCUGGAUAUUGAUUGGUUGAGCAGCGACUAUGAAGGGUUGGAAGAUUCAGAGGAUGAUUCGAUGAGCGAGGAUGAUCUCCUUGACAUGAUCGGUCCAGCUCAACUAGCCGCUUUGAAAGCCGCAGCGGAAGAGUCUCUGCUAUGGAACCCUGUGACGGACACUCCCGCAACCUCUGUACCUCAGCAUGCGGAUCAAGGAGCUCAAAGUAAUAUUCGCUCUACUCAGAUUACCUCUGUGGUAGACAACCGUAUAGCGAUGCCCAACUACGGAGACAGGUGGCACACACUUCAACAGACCAGGAAUUGGUCCAAAGCGAUAAACUACUCAUCGUUGAUUUCCCAUCUCUUUCCAACCGACUCUUCUCCGCGUGGUGAACAAGAAUUCAUAGUAGAAGAGCAGGAAAUGAGCUAUUUUCUCCCGAGGGGAGGCCCGGAAAUUGUCCGUGGGCAUGAGGUACAUGAAGUGCUCGGAUUGGGAAUACAUCAGAAUUCCGUCGAGGGGGAGAAUGACGACGAAUUUUUAUUUGGUGGGUCAAUGAUGCCCUAAGAGUCUUCGGGAUGGUAUACCCAAAAAUGGCAUGUUGUAAAACUGUAAAGUAGUGUGUGUACAUAAGAGCUGUAUUAUAAUACCUGGCCCUGUUGGCCGCAAAGCGAGAACAACGGUGUUGUCGCUGUGCCCUUGCCCGUAAGAAAGAGCAUAUCCACAAAAUAACAAGAUAUCC